AUGAAGGACAACUACUUUAACAGAAAUACUGGUAUUAGAGCUGCUAGAUAUGCCAAUGAAGUAGACAAAUUUAGGGCCCAUGAAGUUCCUGAGGAUACUAUCUCACAUUUCCAAGGAUUAGCCUCAACAAGUGCUGAAGGUGGUGAUUAUUACUCGAUUGUUUAUGAAAUUGAAUCCAAAGGUUAUGAUCCAAAUGAACAAAUUACUAGAGAAUUGCUGGUCGAAACCAUCAAUAAAACACUUCGUGAUAAAAUCAAAUUAGUUCAAGCUGAAUUAGAAGAAGCUAUUGACGAUUCUGCUAAGAGAGAGUCUUUAAAGCUCAAAAUUGAAUCAUUAAACUCAAUUAUUAUUUCAGCUGCUACAGAUGGUUCUAAAAAUUUGACAUAUG